GAAGAAAAUAAAGAGAGCGAAUCAGACCUUUUUAAAUUUUUCGGUUGGGCAAAAACUAAAGCUUGUCCAGCGGAUCUAAAUAUGAUCAGAGCUUUUUUAGAGUGGCUAGAAUUGACAGAAAAAGGGGGCCAG